AUGCCGACAGCGGUCGGGGCCUCGCACGGUCCAGGGGGCGAGGGUGGAGCUGCUGGCGUUGCGCCCCAGGCCGUGGCCUCCUGCAAGAUCUCCGUCACCGGGCCCUCACCCUCCUCUGGCGAGACCUCGGUCGCGGUGACACGCAAGGACAUCGCCGCCCUCGUGGCGAUGUCUUUGCGGCUCAGUGCACCUGUCGGGGCUGCUCAGCUCGACCUGUCCGACUGGGAGGACGUCGUCUACGCCGCCGCCGACGGCGCGCGGCGCCUUAACGCGGCAGCGGCAGCGGAGCCGGCGCCCUCGCGCGCCGACGGCAUUGCGACCACUGCCCGGCCAUUGGCAGCGUCAACGCCGGUCGCAGCGCAGUCGGCGGCGUACGAGCCCGCGCCCAAUGAGAUCAAAUCCGUGGUGCUGUCAAAGCCUACGACGGACACGGUCCUCGGGAUCCGCCUCGUGAGCCGCAAGCACCAACGGUUGGUCAACGAUGUCUUUCUCUCUGUCAACGGGCAAGUCGCGGUGGGGCACGAGGCGACGACCGCGAUGUUGCGCAAGGCGGUGGGAAACCUCCGCAUCUCGCUCUGCCGUCUCGAGUGGGUCUGCACGGCCUGCCCCAAGGUCUUCCGCUCUCACGUCGCGCUCGCGCAACACACCAUGCACAUGGCCGAGCUCGACGCCGCGCACGCUACAGCAGUGCAGGACGACGCGUUCAUCCGGUCGCAUGCACAGGCUGAGGAGGAGAAGGCAAAGAAGAAGCGUGCCAAGCAAGCUGCCAAGAAAGCGCCGUCCCUCGUGUCCCAGAACCUCCUCGAGGAUCUGCAGGGCUUGGACGUGGCUGCCGACUCGGCCGAGCAUGGCGGUGGGAGCGCCGCAGCCUCUACGGAGGGGGAAAGGGCCAAACCCUCCAAAAUUGAUGAAGCUUUGCUGGAGGCGGAGAAGGCGGCGGAGGAGGAGAGGGCGGCGGCGGUGGACAAGGCGGCGGCGGCGGAGAAGGCGGCGGCGGCGGCACGGCUGGCGGAGGAGACGGCGAGGGCGGCAGUGUAUAAGGCUGCGGCGGGCGGCAGCAGCUCUGCGGCUGUCAGCGUCGCUUUCGGUGGGGUGCAGCGCGGGUGGGUCUGCACGGCCUGCCGCAAGGACGAGACGGACGCGACCGAGUACAAGGAUGUCGUCAUCGUCGGUGGAGGCAUCGCUGGCGCGUACACUGGUUGGCGCCUCUCUUCUGCCCACUACAAGGAAGAUGACAUGUCGGAGACCGCUAGCAUCGACCUUUACGAGAGGACUGGUUUCGACGGCGGCCGCUUCAUCUCCGAGGCGAUUGGAUGCACUGAGUUGGACAAGGAAGGAUGGACUGACGAUCCCCAGCAGGCGAAACGUCCGCGCACCGAACUCGGUGGGAUGCGCAUCCGCUCCACCGACGCCUUGAUGCUCGGCAUCGUCGACCAACUUGACAUUGAAGUCGGGCCCUUCUUUAUGAACAAGAACCCUUGGCGCUCGCCAAUUCGGCCUGAUGCCGGCACUGGCAAGUGGGACAAUGGCAACGCCACUUACAAGCAAGGGACUGAUGAGCCAGGCAACCCGAUGUGGUGCCGCAAUGUCCUCGCCAACCGCUCCCAGUACACAAAAUGGACGGAGACGAACUGCGACAGUACGAAGAACCCAAACUGCCAGAUCCCCCAGGCGAACGUCAUCACGGCUGAUUGCUCGAGCAGGACUCUUCCUGCCGGCGUCUACAUCAAUCAGUGCAUGCCGCCCGCGACUGAGGCCAGUGACCUCCUCGCCGCGAGCGCACCCUCACCCGGCCCCGAGACGACUUGGAAUGGAAUUCUCCCUUAUGUCAUCAGCGCCACCAAGAAGAGCGAGAUGUCCAAGAUGAUGAAGCACUGCGCGUUUACCGAGUCGGGCCCAGCCUGUCCGCCUGAAAUCUUCGCCUCGAAAAACAAGUCUAACUGCCAGCCCUGCGACUCGAGCUGCCGGAUCAAUGCCGACCUGACAUCGGAUGCGGACCAUACGCUUAAGAACGGCGAGGGCCGAUUUCCCGCGAUAGCGAAAUGGCAGCAGUCGCGCUGGGGCGAGUCUCUGAACCGCUGGACUUCGGAUACGCCCGUCGACAGCGCUCACGAGAAUAACGAACUCGAGUCCUGCAUGUCGGGCUAUUACUUGGAGCACGACUGGAACCUCGCGCAGCCUGAGGACCUGUCGCCGACUUACUUUGUACGGCCGCUCAAGGGGAUGCAGGAACUCGUUCGCCGCCUCAUCGACGAGUUCAAGGCACCCGGUGGGUGGAGGAACGACCGGGCGAACGUGCAUCAUCACCGAGAGCUCGUCUCUGUUGAAUAUGAGCCGAGACGGAGCUCUCACCCGUACAAGCUCACGUUCGGAGAGACAGUCACGUCGCCGUGCUCAGGCAUCACGUCGCUCACGGGCAAGAUUUUCGUCGUGCGCGCCAAACGGGCAAUCCUAGCCCUACCAAAGGCACCAUUGGAGCGGAUUCAGUACAGCAUCAGCCCGGAGCUCAACCUGAGAAGCACGAUCGAACGCCUGACCGAAAGCAUCGGGGGCCUCUCGCUCAUGAAGACGUUCAUGGCCUUUCCCGAACGCUGGUGGGAGCAGGCGCUCCCGGAAGAUGUGGUCGGAGGGGAAGCAUCUUCGCAGGUCGAUGAUCGGCACACCGGCAGCGACGCCCGCUGGAAUGCCGAUUUCCCUGCUGGAUACACUGUGGGCCGCUUCACCUCAAGCAAUGCCCUCGGGCAGCUCUUCGCUUGGUAUCCUGGAACCCAGCAGACAGCUAGCCAGACGCCGCCGGAGUGCGAGGGCAAGGGGGGGGUGCUGCAGAUCUACACGACCAGCGACCCGGAGCGGACUUUUGGCGCCGAUCCAGAGGAGCAACAGCUCAAGAGCUGCACGGCCUCGACCGCCUCGCAGUGCGCCAACUGCGUUGACCCGUCCAAGUUCAUCGGCGACAUUACGGGAGAGCGGAGGGAGGACGAGACGUACGUGCCCGCCUCCCGCACCUUUUGGGAGCGGAUGAGGGUGCUGCUCGAGCAGCAGUUUAUCAGCAACAUGACGACUGUGCGCAUCCCAACCCCGACCGAGAUCAAGCACCGGGUGUGGCACGCCGACAAUCCGGUGACGAAGACCUUCGCCACGCACUUCUGGCGUGCUGGCAUUCGCUGGUGGGAACGCUACGCGGAAGUGCUCGAGCCGGUCGAGGGACUUCACAUUGUCGGCGAGGCAUUCUCGCUCAACUCGGGUUGGGGGGAGGGAUCCCUAGAGACGUCCGAGUACAUGCUCCAGGAGAAGCUCAAGCUGAAACGGCCGGACUGGCUCCUCGAGAAAGAGUACUGCGACGCGAUGCCCUACUAUCCGAGACGUGUUUGUGGCACUUGGCUGACCGUUUGCCCGCAGUGUGACGGCACGUGCAAGCAGUGCUCGACGGAAACGGAUCCAUCCAAAUGGGAGUGCGCUGCCUGAAGAGUGACCGCAGUAAAUGGGGUCCAACUGUGUACUCUGUUCUCUCACUCUCACUCAACGUUCUUGUGCCCCCCCUCUCAUCGCACAUCGGUCCCGGACCCCCGGUUUCUUUUCCUGACCACACGGCACCUGUCCAGUCCGAGCCUGACUGUUCUUCAUCUUCCUACCUACCUACCU